GGUUUUAAAAUGUGGUUUAUAUAGAGAGGAGAAACCUGCAGUCUCUCAAAUCAUCUAGAUCUCUGCCAGUCUACCACCAUGUACCUGAACCUCCUCGUCCUCCUCCAACUCCUUUCCUCUGCUGGAGCCUCUGAGAGUGGUAUUGUGGGUGGUAAGAUAGCUAAGCCCCACUCAAGGCCCUAUAUGGUCUCUCUGCAACACAGAGGAUACCAUGUUUGUGGAGGAAUGCUCAUCCGGGAUGACUUUGUCCUGACUUCAGCACACUGCUUAAGGAAUGCUUAUCCUUUAACGGUGGUGCUUGGAGCCCACGACUUAAAGAAGUGGAAGAAGAGUUGUCAGAAGAUUCAGGUGUCCCAUUACCAUCGGCAUCCAUUACAUGAGAAUGCAACGCAGAUCAGUUAUGACGUCAUGCUACUGAAGUUAAGGACCACAGCUCGUCUAACCGAGUAUGUGAAGGUCAUUGGACUCCCAAAGGAGGAUGAACAUAUCCCAGCAUCCCCCAAAUGCUCCGUAGCUGGUUGGGGCAAGACUAACUCGAACAACAACCAGGGUUCUGGCGUUUUGAUGGAAGUGGCGGUGACGGUGGAGGAUGUCUCUGAAUGCAAGAAGGUGUGGGAAAAUUACUUUGACAAAAAACAAAUGAUGUGCACUCGUACUACCGGAGGGAAAGGAUUUUGUCAGGGAGAUUCAGGGGGACCUCUUAUUUGUAACAACAAGGCACGGGGUAUCGUUGCUUUUAAUUAUGCUGAGAGAUGUGAUGAUUCCCGAUAUCCUCAUGUGUUCAUGAAAAUCCCUUUCUUCAUGCCCUGGAUUAAAGAGGUGUUACACGGAUAUGGUGCCAACAUGUCUUUAAACAAGCAGGAAUAAAGGACUAGGAAAGACAUUGAUUAUAGUGUACUAACAUAAUGGUAUCUAUUCCUGCACAAAUACACUUCUCAUCAUGCCCUGGAUAGAGGACAAGUUUCUGAUAAAGCUAAACCUUUACCCGUUCAUAGUUGUUAGAGAGAGAAAGAGAGACAGAGAGAAAGAGACAGACAGAGAGGGAGUGUGUGUGUGUGUGUGUGUGUGUGUGUGUGUGUGUGUGUGUGUGUGAGUGUGUGUGUGUGUGUGUGUGUGUGUGUGUGUGUGUGUGUAGGCUCAGUGCAGUGUCGUAGUGCAGGCUUAAUGAAGGGUAUUGUGGCUCUUACUAAUUCAACAACAUGUGAUGAUCCUAAGUACCCCCCGUGUUAACAUUAACAAUCAUUUGUUCGUCCUGGAUUGAAGAGGUGAUCGUGGAUAUUGACAAAAUGUCACAAAACUCAGUUCUAGAAUGCAUUAAUAGAUACAUUUUAACAUGUUGUGUUCUAAUACAAAUGACUCUAUUUCUGCAUAGUACACCUUGUCUGUUGUAUACCUUAAGAAACAGGAAAUACAUUUCUCAGCAGAUUUUUAUUUUGUUUACAUUUGACAGUGUAUUAUUGAGAUCGGCACAGCUAUCCAGUGCUGCCCCCAAAUCACUGCUUUUCACUGUAGUUAGAACGUUAAUUAUUGAAUCAAACUUUUUCUAAAGAUAAAUCUUUACUGUGUCGUAUUUUACAUGUUGAAAGGAUAUCAUCGUUGGUAACUCUUUACAAUAAGGUUACAUUACUUGUCAUAAAGUAAUGUAAGCGAUUAGAAGUCAUUAGACAUUUUGGCAAAACUUUGUCAACGUCUUUUUCCACAGUUAAUAAUCGACUCAUCAUUACUAGAUUAGAUAUAAUCAACAAAUUGUGGCUAACAUUAUUAUACAUAGUUUGUUUAUCAAAUCAAAUCAAUCUUUAUUUAAAAUUGCAAUACACUUUACAGUAAAAAUCUAAAAAGAAAAGGACAAGCUGGAAGAAUAAAGGAAAAUCAAACAGAAUUUAUUAGACUGUGGCUUUAAGGCCAGGCACCACCCUCAUAAGGUCAUGUUUUCCCCCUUAAUCGUAUAACAAUCAACGUUCAUCAGUUGAAUUUAUGUUACUUUUUAAUAAUACUAUGGAUCCACGUAUCAGCAUAUCUCAUUAUUGAUAGGUAGAUGCACAAAUGUAAUUUCAGCCUUUUGGUGCCUGACCUUCAACUGGCCAAGUACAACCUGUGGUGCCUGUCCUUCAGCUGGCCUUCAGCUAGCCAAGAACAUCCUGAGGUGCCUGGCCUUCAGCUGGCCUUCAGCUAGCCAAGAACAGCCUGAGGUGCCUGGCCUUCAGCUGGCCAAGAAAAGUCUGAGGUGCCUGGCCUUCAGGUAGCCAAGAAAAGCCUGAGGUGCCUGACCUUCAGCUGGCCUUCAGCUGGCCAAGAACAGCCUGAGGUGCCUGGCCUUCAGCUUGCCUUCAGCUAGCCAAGAACAGCCUGAGGUGUUUGGCCUUCAGCUGGCCUUCAGCUAACCAAGAACAGCCUGAGGUGCCUGGCCUUCAGCUGGCCAAGAACAUCCUGAGGUGCCUGGCCUUCAGCUGGCCUUCAGCUGGCCAAGAACAACCUGAGGUGCCUGGCCUUCAGCUGGCCUUCAGCUAGCCAAGAACAGCCUGAGGUGCUUGGCCUUCAGCUGGCCUUCAGCUAGCCAAGAACAGCCUGAGGUGCCUGGCCUUCAGCUGGCCUUCAGCUAGCCAAGAACAGCCUGAGGUGCCUGGCCUUCAGCUAGCCAAGAACAGCCUGAGGUGCCUGGCCUUCAGCUAGCCAAGAACAGCCUGAGGUGCCUGGCCUUCAGCUAGCCAAGAACAGCCUGAGGUGCCUGGCCUUCAGCUGGCCAAGAACAGCCUGAGGUGCCUGGCCUUCAGCUAGCCAAGAACAGCCUGAGGUGCCUGGCCUUCAGCUAGCCAAGAACAGCCUGAGGUGCCUGGCAUUCAGCUGGCCUUCAGCUAGCCAAGAACAGCCUGAGGUGCCUGGCCUUCAGCUGGCCUUCAGCUAGCCAAGAACAGCCUGAGGUGCCUGGCCUUCAGCUGGCCUUCAGCUGGCCUUCAGCUGGCCUUCAGCUAGCCAAGUGCCGCUUAUUUGUUUCCAUUACAAAGUACAGUAUGCAUUUGGGCUGUUGCCCCUUUAAAGUAACUGUCCAGUGUAAAUCGUACAUAUUAUUUUACCUCAUACCGAAAUACUGUUGUUGACUCUUCCAAUACUCGGAAUUGUUUUUUAUAUAAUUUUUCAACAACGUCAAACUUUGUAUCUCAAACAUACAGUUUAAAAAAAAAUGUGCUCUAUUUCCUCAUAGAGAAUGAUGCCAUCCUACAUCAUUGGCAAAGCUGGCCAAUCAGUGGUCUACUUGCAUGAAUAU